UGUGUGGCGGAGACAGCAUCCUCUCACUGUCACUUUUCGGCUGAGCUACAGCCGGUGCGGUUCGAUCAUGACGGACACGGGCGUUGCGGAUGACAGCUCGGGCAACCUAGAGGUGUCGGCGGUGCAGAAUGUGGCGGACACCUCAGUGCUGCAGAAGCACAUCAGGAAGCUGGUGCCGCUGCUGCUGGAAGAUGGCGGGGAGGCCCCGGCCUCCCUCGAGUCGGCGCUGGAGGAGAAGAGCGCUCUGGAGCAGAUGAGGAAGUUCUUGUCAGACCCGCAGGUGCACACCGUCCUGGUGGAGAGGAGCACGCUCAAAGAGGAUGUCGGUGAUGAAGGAGAAGAGGAGCGAGAAUUCAUUUCUUACAACGUCAACAUUGAUAUUCACUACGGACUGAAGUCAAACAGCUUGGCGUUCAUCAAACGCACACCAGUUAUCGACGCCGACAAACCGAUUUCAUCUCAGCUGCGAGUGCUCACGCUCAGCGAGGAUUCCCCCUAUGAGACCUUACACUCUUUCAUCAGCAAUGCCGUCGCCCCUUUCUUCAAGUCUUACAUCCGAGAAUCCGGGAAAGCCGACAGGGAUGGAGACAAAAUGGCGCCUUCCGUUGAGAAGAAGAUUGCCGAGCUGGAAAUGGGCCUUUUACACUUGCAGCAGAACAUUGAGAUCCCGGAAAUAAGUCUUCUUAUCCAUCCGAUCAUUACCAACGUUGCCAAGCAGUCCUACGAGAGAGGGGAAAAGCCCAAAGUUACAGAUUUUGGAGACAAAGUAGAAGACCCCACUUUCCUCAAUCAGCUGCAGUCCGGGGUCAAUCGAUGGAUUCGAGAAAUUCAGAAGGUAACAAAACUAGACCGCGAUCCAGCAUCUGGCACGGCUCUGCAGGAGAUCAGUUUCUGGCUAAACCUGGAGAGGGCGCUCUACCGCAUCCAGGAAAAACGUGAGAGUCCCGAAGUUCUACUAACAUUGGAUAUCUUGAAGCAUGGCAAGCGAUUCCAUGCCACGGUCAGCUUUGACACAGACACCGGUCUCAAGCAAGCCUUGGAAACCGUGAAUGACUACAACCCUCUGAUGAAAGACUUCCCAUUGAAUGACCUCUUGUCAGCUACCGAGCUGGACAAAAUAAGACAGGCUCUGGUAGCCAUCUUUACCCACCUCCGAAAAAUCCGCAACACGAAAUAUCCGAUUCAGCGCGCCCUGCGGCUGGUGGAAGCCAUUUCCCGAGACUUGAGUUCUCAGCUGCUGAAGGUUCUGGGCACCAGGAAACUUAUGCAUGUGGCUUAUGAGGAAUUCGAAAAGGUCAUGGUUGCCUGCUUUGAGGUUUUCCAAACUUGGGAUGACGAGUAUGAGAAGCUUCAGGUUCUGCUGAGAGAUAUUGUUAAACGGAAGCGUGAGGAGAAUUUGAAGAUGGUUUGGAGGAUUAAUCCGGCCCACAGGAAACUACAGGCCCGUCUGGACCAGAUGAGGAAGUUUCGGCGCCAGCAUGAACAGCUGAGAGCCGUCAUUGUGCGGGUCCUCAGACCACAGGUUACAGCAGUGGCUCAACAGAACCAGGGGGAAGUACCUGAACCCCAGGACUUGAAAGUGGCAGAGGUCCUAUUCGAUGCUGCAGAUGCCAACGCCAUUGAGGAGGUCAAUCUUGCCUAUGAGAACGUAAAGGAAGUUGAUGGUUUGGAUGUCUCAAAAGAAGGCACGGAGGCGUGGGAAGCGGCACUAAAAAGAUAUGAUGAAAGAAUAGACCGAGUCGAGACCAGAAUCACAGCCCGUCUCAGAGAUCAACUUGGCACAGCCAAAAAUGCCAACGAGAUGUUCAGGAUCUUCUCCCGCUUCAACGCUCUCUUUGUUAGACCUCACAUUAGGGGAGCUAUCCGCGAGUACCAAACGCAGCUUAUCCAGCGGGUAAAGGAUGACAUCGAAUCCCUUCACGACAAGUUCAAAGUACAGUAUCCGCAAAGUCAAGCGUGCAAGAUGAGUCAUGUCCGAGACCUCCCACCGGUUUCAGGCUCCAUUAUCUGGGCCAAGCAGAUAGACCGUCAGCUGACUGCCUACAUGAAGCGGGUGGAAGACGUUCUUGGCAAAGGUUGGGAAAACCACGUUGAAGGACAGAAACUGAAACAAGACGGGGACAGCUUCCGCAUGAAACUCAACACCCAGGAAAUUUUCGACGACUGGGCAAGGAAGGUUCAGCAGCGUAAUCUCGGCGUGUCCGGCCGUAUCUUCACCAUUGAAUGUACGCGUGCCAGGGGGAGAACUGGAAAUGUGCUCAAGCUAAAAGUCAACUUCUUGCCGGAGAUCAUAACCCUCUCAAAAGAAGUCCGGAACCUUAAAUGGCUUGGUUUCCGCGUCCCAUUGGCCAUCGUCAACAAAGCCCACCAGGCCAAUCAGCUGUACCCUUUUGCCAUUUCCCUCAUUGAGAGUGUCCGUACCUACGAGCGCACGUGUGAGAAAGUGGAGGAGCGCAACAGUAUCAGCUUGCUGGUUGCCGGUCUUAAGAAGGAGGUCCAGGCUCUGAUAGCUGAAGGAAUUGCUCUGGUUUGGGAGUCUUACAAGCUGGAUCCUUAUGUCCAACGUUUGGCUGAAACCGUGUUCAACUUCCAAGAGAAGGUGGACGAUCUACUCAUCAUCGAAGAGAAAAUAGACUUGGAAGUUCGGUCUCUGGAGACUUGCAUGUACGACCACAAAACGUUUUCGGAAAUCUUGAACAGAAUCCAAAAGGCUGUCGAUGACUUGAACCUUCACUCUUAUUCCAACCUCCCCAUCUGGGUCAACAAACUUGAUAUGGAGAUUGAAAGAAUCUUGGGAGUGCGUCUUCAGGUCGGUUUGAAAACUUGGACACAGGUUCUCAUGGGUCAGUUUGAUGAUAAAGCGGAUGUUGACAUGGACACUGAUGCUCCUCAAGCCAGCCACAAACCAGGCGGAGAGCCCAAAAUCAAGAAUAUCGUCCACGAACUCCGCAUCACCAACCAGGUCAUCUACCUUAAUCCACCAAUUGAAGAUUGCAGGUAUAAGCUGUAUCAGGAAAUGUUCUCCUGGAAAAUGACCAUUUUGUCCCUGCCCAGAAUUCAAAGCCAGAGAUAUCAGGUGGGCGUCCAUUAUGAGCUGUCCGAAGAAGAAAAGUACUACAGGAAUGCCCUGACCCGUAUGCCUGAUGGGCCAAAUGGACUGGAAGAAUCAUACAAUGCUGUCAUGGGUAUUGUUACCGAGGUGGAGCAGUAUGUCAAGGUGUGGCUGCAGUACCAGUGCUUGUGGGACAUGCAAGCUGAAAACAUCUACAACCGCCUGGGAGAAGACUUGAAUAAGUGGCAGGCACUGCUUGUGCAGAUCCGGAAGGCCAGAGGAACAUUCGACAAUGCUGAGACCAGGAAGGAGUUUGGACCUGUUAUCAUUGACUAUGGAAAGGUUCAAUCCAAAGUCAACCUGAAAUAUGAUUCUUGGCACAAGGAGGUCCUCAGCAAGUUUGGCCAAAUGCUUGGGCAGAACAUGACAGAAUUUCAUUCACAGAUUUCCAAGUCCCGUCAAGAACUGGAGCAACAUUCAGUGGAUACGGCCAGUACCUCGGAUGCAGUGACCUUCAUCACUUACGUCCAGUCUUUGAAACGCAAGAUCAAGCAGUUUGAGAAACAAGUUGAUCUGUACAGGAAUGGACAGCGUUUGCUGGAGAAGCAGCGCUUCCAGUUCCCUUCAUCCUGGCUUUACAUCGACAACAUCGAGGGUGAAUGGGGUGCCUUCAAUGACAUCAUGCGAAGAAAGGAUUCCGCCAUCCAGCAGCAAGUGGCCAAUCUGCAGAUGAAGAUCGUUCAGGAAGACAGAGCAGUGGAGAGUCGUACCAUCGACCUGCUGACCGACUGGGAGAAGACCAAGCCUGUUGCUGGUAACCUGCGCCCUGAGGAUGCCCACCAGGCUCUCACCAUAUAUGAAGGAAAGUUUGGCAGGCUGAAAGAUGACCGUGAGAAAUGCGCGAAAGCGAAGGAAGCCUUGGAGCUCACAGAUACCGGCCUUCUCAGCGGCAGUGAAGAACGCGUUCAGGUGGCUUUGGAAGAAUUGCAAGAUCUGAAGGGUGUCUGGUCUGAGCUGUCCAAAGUGUGGGAGCAGAUUGACCAAAUGAAGGAGCAGACGUGGGUGUCUGUUCAGCCACGCAAGCUCCGUCAAAGCUUGGAUGGGCUGCUGAACCAACUGAAGAACUUCCCUGCCCGGUUGAGACAAUAUGCUUCCUAUGAAUUUGUCCAGAGACUGCUGAAGGGUUACAUGAAGGUGAACAUGCUGGUGAUCGAGCUGAAGUCCGAAGCCUUGAAGGAUCGACAUUGGAAACAGUUGAUGAAGAGACUGCAUGUGAAUUGGGUGGUGUCUGAACUCACUCUGGGUCAGAUCUGGGAUGUCGAUUUACAAAGAAAUGAAGCCAUUGUCAAAGAUGUCUUGUUGGUGGCCCAAGGAGAAAUGGCCUUGGAGGAAUUCUUGAAACAGAUUCGUGAAGUUUGGAAUGCUUACGAACUGGAUCUGGUCAAUUAUCAAAACAAAUGUCGCUUGAUCCGUGGCUGGGACGAUCUGUUCAACAAGGUCAAGGAGCACAUCAACAGUGUUUCAGCUAUGAAGCUGUCGCCAUACUACAAGGUGUUUGAAGAAGAUGCCCUGAGCUGGGAAGACAAGCUAAACAGGAUCAUGGCUCUUUUUGAUGUUUGGAUCGACGUCCAGAGGCGCUGGGUGUACCUGGAAGGCAUCUUUACAGGCAGCGCUGACAUCAAACAUCUGCUUCCUGUGGAGACUCAGCGAUUCCAGAGUAUCAGCACAGAGUUCUUGUCCCUCAUGAAGAAAGUUACCAAAUCGCCCCUGGUCAUGGAUGUCCUGAACAUUCAGGGAGUGCAAAGAUCAUUGGAAAGGUUGGCCGACUUACUGGGAAAGAUCCAGAAGGCGUUGGGAGAGUAUCUGGAAAGGGAGAGGUCUUCUUUCCCCCGAUUCUACUUUGUUGGUGAUGAAGAUCUGCUGGAAAUUAUCGGCAACAGCAAGAACGUGCCCAAGCUGCAGAAACACUUCAAGAAGAUGUUCGCUGGGGUCUCCAGUAUCAUCCUAAAUGAGGACAGCUCUAUUGUUCUGGGAAUCUCUUCACGAGAAGGGGAGGAGGUGAUGUUCAAGACUCCGGUGUCCAUCACAGAACAUCCCAAAAUCAAUGAAUGGCUCACACUCGUGGAGAAAGAAAUGAGGGUGACAUUGGCUAAGCUGCUGGCUGAAUCUGUCACAGAAGUGGAAAUCUUCGGGAAGUCCACAGCAAUCGAGCCUGACACGUACAUCUCGUGGAUUGACAAGUACCAGGCGCAGCUGGUGGUCCUCUCGGCUCAGAUUGCCUGGUCAGAGAAUGUUGAGUCUGCUCUCAACAUCAUGUCAAAUGGUGGAGGAAGUGACACCAGUCCCAUGCAGUCUGUGAUGACCAACGUGGAGGUUACACUGAAUGUUUUGGCAGAUUCGGUGUUGAUGGAACAGCCACCAUUGCGCAGAAGGAAGCUCGAGCAUCUGAUCACAGAGCUGGUUCACCAAAGAGGUGUCACAAGAUCUCUGAUGAAGCUCAAAGUGGACAACAACAAGUCCUUUGAGUGGCUGAGUCAGAUGAGGUUCUACUUUGAUCCGAAGCAGACAGAUGUCCUGCAGCAGCUCUCCAUCCAGAUGGCAAAUGCCAAAUUCAACUACGGCUUUGAGUACCUGGGUGUGCAGGACAAGCUCGUACAGACCCCUCUGACAGACCGCUGCUAUCUGACCAUGACUCAGGCUCUGGAGGCCAGGCUUGGAGGGUCACCUUUUGGCCCUGCCGGUACUGGAAAAACAGAGUCCGUCAAGGCCCUCGGACACCAGCUUGGCCGCUUUGUGCUGGUUUUCAACUGCGAUGAGACCUUUGACUUCCAGGCUAUGGGCCGUAUCUUUGUGGGUCUGUGCCAGGUCGGAGCUUGGGGCUGCUUUGACGAGUUCAACAGAUUGGAAGAACGCAUGCUGUCUGCUGUUUCUCAACAAGUCCAAUGUAUCCAGGAGGCACUGAGAGAGCACUCCAAUCCAAACCGAGACAGGAGUUACAUGAUCACUUGUGAACUGCUGAACAAGCAAGUGAAAGUCAGUCCUGACAUGGCCAUCUUCAUCACCAUGAACCCUGGAUACGCCGGAAGAUCCAACCUGCCAGACAACUUGAAGAAGCUGUUCCGCAGCUUGGCCAUGACCAAACCUGACCGCCAACUGAUCGCACAGGUCAUGUUGUACUCUCAAGGCUUCCGUACAGCAGAAGUACUCUCCAACAAGAUUGUGCCUUUCUUCAAGCUGUGUGAUGAACAGCUGUCGUCUCAGAGCCACUACGACUUUGGUCUGCGAGCUUUGAAGAGCGUCUUGGUGAGCGCUGGCAAUGUCAAGCGAGAGCGCAUUCAGAAAAUCAAAAAGGAGAAGCAGGAACGUGGAGAGGCUGUUGAUGAAGGAGAAGUUGCAGAAUACCUGCCUGAGCAAGAGAUUCUCAUCCAGAGUGUUUGUGAAACCAUGGUGCCCAAACUGGUAGCAGAAGACAUCCCGCUUCUGUUCUCUCUGCUGUCUGAUGUCUUCCCUGGUGUCCAAUACUACCGCGGUGAAAUGACCGCACUUCGGGAGGAGCUCAAAAAAGUCUGCCAGGAGAUGUACCUGACCUACGGAGAUGGAGAAGAAGUUGGUGGCAUGUGGGUGGAGAAGGUCCUUCAACUCUACCAGAUCACACAAAUUAACCACGGCCUGAUGAUGGUUGGUCCCUCUGGAAGCGGCAAGAGUAUGGCCUGGAGAGUGUUGCUGAAAUCCCUGGAAAGAUUGGAAGGCGUAGAGGGAGUUGCUCACAUCAUCGACCCUAAAGCUAUCAGCAAGGACCAUCUGUACGGCACCCUGGAUCCAAACACCAGAGAAUGGACAGAUGGGCUGUUCACCCACGUCCUCAGAAAGAUUAUUGACAAUGUCCGAGGAGAACUUCAGAAGCGCCAGUGGAUCAUCUUCGAUGGUGAUGUGGAUCCUGAGUGGGUUGAGAAUUUGAAUUCCGUCUUGGAUGACAACAAACUGCUGACGCUUCCCAAUGGAGAGCGUCUAAGCCUGCCGCCAAAUGUGCGGAUCAUGUUUGAAGUCCAGGACCUGAAGUAUGCUACUUUGGCAACCGUUUCCCGAUGCGGCAUGGUCUGGUUCAGUGAGGACGUCCUGAGCACAGACAUGAUUUUCAACCAUUUCCUGGCCCGGAUGCGCAGUAUUCCACUGGAUGAGGGAGAGGAUGAGGCUCAGCGCAGAAGGAAGGGCAUGGAAGAUGAAGGAGAAGAAUCUUCUUCUCCAAUGCUCCAGAUCCAACGAGAUGCAUCAGCAGUACUGCAGCCAUAUUUCACAUCCAACGGGUUGGUUAUCAAAGCCCUCGAGCAUGCCUUCAAGCUGGAACACAUCAUGGACCUGACUCGACUGCGCUGCUUUGGCUCCCUCUUCUCUAUGAUGCACCAGGCCUGCCGCAACAUUGCCCAGUACAAUGCCAACCACCCAGACUUCCCGAUGCCGAUUGAGCAGCUGGAACGCUACAUACAGCGCUACCUGAUUUAUGCUGUGCUGUGGUCAUUCUCUGGGGACGGACGUCUGAAGAUGAGGGCAGAGCUCGGAGAAUACAUCAGGCGGAUAACUACCGUCCCGCUCCCGAGUGCGCCCAACAUACCAAUUAUUGACUACGAGGUUUCCAUCAGCGGAGAAUGGCAGCCCUGGCAAACUAAAGUUCCGCAGAUUGAGGUCGAGACUCACAAAGUUGCGGCCCCAGAUGUUGUUGUGCCCACCCUGGAUACCGUCCGACAUGAAGCUCUCCUGUACACUUGGCUGGCUGAACACAAACCUUUGGUGCUGUGUGGGCCCCCCGGCUCCGGAAAAACCAUGACGCUGUUCAGUGCUCUAAGAGCUCUGCCCGAUAUGGAGGUUGUCGGCUUGAACUUUUCCAGUGCCACCACCCCAGAGUUGCUGCUGAAGACGUUCGAUCACUACUGCGAGUACCGGCGGACACCAAACGGCGUGGUCUUGGCCCCUGUUCAGCUUGGAAAGUGGCUGGUGCUGUUCUGUGAUGAAAUCAACUUGCCAGACAUGGACAAAUAUGGCACCCAGAGAGUCAUCUCUUUCAUCAGACAGAUGGUGGAACAUGGCGGCUUCUACAGGACCUCAGAUCAGACUUGGGUGAAACUGGAAAGGAUUCAGUUUGUUGGAGCUUGCAACCCACCGACAGACCCUGGAAGAAAGCCAUUGUCACACAGGUUUUUGCGCCAUGUCCCAGUCGUGUACGUGGACUAUCCUGGACCCGCCUCACUGACUCAGAUCUACGGAACUUUCAACCGUGCAAUGCUAAGACUCAUUCCUGCACUGCGCACCUAUGCGGAGCCGCUGACCGCAGCCAUGGUGGAAUUCUACACGAUGUCCCAGGAGAGAUUUACUCAGGAUACCCAGCCGCAUUACAUCUACUCACCCCGUGAGAUGACGCGAUGGGUGAGGGGUAUUUUUGAAGCUUUGAGGCCACUGGAAACCCUGUCUGUUGAAGGGUUAAUCAGAAUCUGGGCCCAUGAAGCUCUUCGUCUCUUCCAAGACAGGCUUGUUGAAGAUGAGGAGAGGCGCUGGACAGAUGAGAACAUCGACAUGGUGGCUCUUAAACACUUCCCUAAUGUUGAGAAAGAAAAAGCUUUGAGCAGACCAAUCCUGUACAGCAACUGGCUGUCCAAGGAUUACAUUCCAGUGGACCAAGAAGAGCUAAGAGAUUACGUCAAGGCUCGUCUGAAAGUCUUCUAUGAGGAGGAGCUGGAUGUGCCUCUUGUACUGUUCAAUGAAGUUCUGGAUCAUGUGCUAAGAAUUGACAGAAUCUUCCGACAACCACAAGGCCAUUUACUUCUCAUUGGAGUGAGCGGAGCCGGGAAGACCACGCUGUCCCGUUUUGUUGCUUGGAUGAACGGUCUUAGUGUUUACCAGAUCAAGGUGCACCGGAAGUACACAGGCGAGGACUUUGAUGAAGAUCUAAGAACUGUCCUGAGGCGGUCUGGCUGCAAGAACGAGAAGAUUGCCUUCAUCAUGGAUGAGUCCAAUGUUCUAGACUCUGGAUUCCUGGAGAGAAUGAACACUUUGCUGGCCAAUGGAGAGGUUCCGGGCUUGUUUGAGGGUGACGAGUAUUCCACGCUGAUGACACAGUGCAAGGAAGGAGCUCAGAAAGAAGGCUCCAUGCUUGACUCGCACGAGGAACUGUACAAAUGGUUCACUAGCCAGGUCAUCCGGAACCUGCACGUGGUCUUCACCAUGAACCCAUCCUCGGAAGGGCUGAAGGACAGAGCCGCCACCUCUCCAGCUCUGUUCAACAGGUGUGUACUGAACUGGUUCGGUGACUGGUCAACAGAAGCCCUCUAUCAAGUCGGCAAGGAGUUCACAAGCAAAAUGGACCUUGAAAAGCCGAACUACAUUGUUCCAGACUACAUGCCUGUGGUCUACGACAGACUGCCCCAGACUCCUUCUCAUCGGGAGGCCAUUGUCAAUGGCUGUGUGUUUGUUCACCAAACUCUUCACCAGGCAAAUGCUCGACUUGCCAAGCGAGGUGGUAGAACAAUGGCCAUCACGCCCCGCCAUUACUUGGACUUCAUAAACCAUUACGCAGAUCUGUUUAAUGAGAAACGUAGUGAGCUUGAAGAGCAGCAGAUGCAUUUGAAUGUCGGUCUGCGAAAGAUCAAAGAGACCGUGGAUCAGGUGGAGGAACUGCGCCGUGACCUGCGGAUAAAGAGCCAGGAGCUGGAGGUGAAAAAUGCAGCUGCCAAUGACAAGCUGAAGAAAAUGGUGAAGGAUCAGCAAGAAGCGGAGAAGAAAAAGGUCAUGAGUCAGGAAAUCCAGGAGCAGCUGCAUAAGCAGCAAGCGGGUAUUGCUGAGAAGCAGAAAGAUGUAAAGGAGGAUCUGGAUCAGGUGGAGCCGGCUGUCAUUGAGGCUCAGAAUGCUGUAAAAUCAAUAAAGAAGCAGCACCUGGUAGAGGUCCGUUCUAUGGCUAAUCCUCCAGCAGCAGUGAAGCUGGCGUUGGAGUCCAUCUGUCUGCUGCUGGGUGAGAGUACAACGGACUGGAAGCAGAUUCGUUCCAUCAUAAUGAGGGAAAACUUCAUCCCGACUAUUGUAAACUUUUCUGCUGAGGAGAUCAGCGAUGCCAUUCGUGAGAAAAUGAAGAAGAAUUAUAUGUCCAAUCCCAGCUACAAUUAUGAAAUUGUAAACAGAGCCUCCCUGGCUUGUGGACCUAUGGUGAAAUGGGCAAUUGCACAGCUGAACUACGCUGACAUGUUGAAGCGUGUGGAGCCCCUGAGGAAUGAGCUCCAGAAACUGGAGGAUGAUGCCAAAGACAACCAGGCAAAGGCCGAUGAAGUGGAGCAGAUGAUCCGAGACUUGGAAGCCAGCAUUGCCCGCUACAAGGAGGAAUAUGCAGUUCUCAUUUCCGAGGCCCAGGCCAUCAAAGCUGACCUGGCUGCGGUAGAAGCUAAGGUGAACCGCAGUACUGCCCUUCUAAAAAGCUUGUCGGCGGAGAGAGAGCGGUGGGAGAAGACCAGCGAGACCUUCAAAAACCAGAUGGCCACCAUCGCCGGUGACUGUCUGCUGUCCGCAGCUUUCAUCGCCUAUGCUGGUUACUUCGACCAGCAGAUGAGGCAGAACUUGUUCACCACUUGGUCUCAUCACCUGCAGCAGGCCAAUAUCCAGUUCCGCACAGACAUUGCAAGAACUGAAUAUCUAUCCAAUGCAGAUGAGAGACUUCGCUGGCAAGCCAGCUCCUUACCUGCUGAUGACCUAUGCACAGAGAACGCCAUCAUGCUAAAACGAUUCAACAGGUAUCCUCUGAUCAUUGAUCCAUCAGGCCAGGCAACAGAGUUCAUCAUGAAUGAAUACAAAGAACGCAAGAUCACCCGUACAAGCUUCUUGGAUGAUGCCUUCAGAAAGAACUUGGAAAGCGCUCUGCGUUUCGGAAACCCACUUCUUGUCCAGGAUGUGGAAAGCUACGAUCCUAUCCUUAACCCUGUCCUGAACCGCGAGGUUCGGAGAACUGGUGGCCGAGUAUUGAUCACAUUGGGAGAUCAGGACAUUGACUUGUCCCCAUCCUUUGUAAUAUUCCUCUCUACAAGGGAUCCCACGGUGGAAUUCCCGCCAGAUCUCUGCUCACGUGUAACAUUUGUGAACUUCACCGUGACUCGCAGCAGUCUGCAGAGCCAGUGUCUGAAUGAGGUCUUGAAGGCAGAAAGACCAGAUGUAGAUGAGAAGAGAUCUGACCUCCUUAAGCUUCAAGGUGAGUUCCAGCUCCGCUUGAGACAGCUAGAGAAAUCUCUUCUACAGGCCCUCAAUGAGGUCAAAGGUCGCAUACUGGAUGACGACACCAUCAUCACCACUCUGGAGAACCUGAAGAAGGAGGCCGCAGAGGUCACCCGCAAAGUAGAAGAGACUGACAUCGUCAUGCAGGAGGUGGAGAACGUGUCCCAGCAGUACCUGCCCCUGUCCACUGCCUGCAGCAGCAUCUACUUCACAAUGGAGUCCCUCAAACAGAUCCACUUCCUGUACCAGUACUCCCUGCAGUUCUUCCUGGACAUCUACCACACUGUGCUGUAUGAGAAUGCCAACCUCAAGGGCAUCACAGAUCACACUCAGCGUCUUUCUGUGAUCACUAAAGACCUCUUCCAGGUGGCCUUCAACAGGGUGGCCCGAGGGAUGUUGCAUCAGGACCACAUUACAUUUGCUAUGCUGCUGGCCAGGAUUAAGCUGAAGGGAAUCAUUGGGGAGCCAACGUACGACCACGAGUUCCAGCACUUCCUAAGAGGAAAAGAGAUCAGUCUUGGGUCUUCCUCUGUCCCCAAAAUCGGUGGCCUGUCCGAGGAGCAGGUGGAGGCCAUGUUUAGACUCGCCAAUAUGCCGGCCUUCAAGGAUCUUGUAGACAAAGUUGAAUCUGACGAACAAUUCUGCAUCUGGCUUGAGAGCAGCUCUCCGGAGCAGACCGUCCCAUACCUGUGGAGUGAAGAAAAGCCUGCUACACCUAUCGGCCAUGCCGUCCACCGCUUACUCCUCAUCCAAGCCUUCCGCCCUGACCGCCUGCUGGCCAUGGCUCAUAUCUUCGUCUCAACCAUCCUGGGAGAAACCUUUAUGUCUGUCAUAGACCAGCCAUUGGAUCUGGCAUAUAUUGUGGAUACAGAGGUGAAACCCAGCACACCUGUUCUGAUGUGCUCCGUUCCUGGAUUCGACGCCAGCGGGCGCGGCGAAGACCUGGCAGCGGAACAGAAUACCCAGAUUACAUCUAUAGCCAUUGGAUCUGCGGAAGGAUUCAAUCAAGCAGAGAAGGCCAUCAAUACAGCUGUGAAGUCUGGACGGUGGGUAAUGCUGAAGAAUGUACAUCUGGCACCUGGCUGGCUGAUGCAGUUGGAGAAGAAGCUCCACUCGCUACAACCACAUUCAUCCUUCCGACUUUUCCUGACGAUGGAGAUCAAUCCCAAGGUACCCGUGAACCUGCUGCGUGCCGGACGAAUCUUUGUGUUUGAGCCACCUCCCGGUGUGAAGGCCAACAUGAUGAGAACCUUCAGCAGUAUUCCAGUUGCCAGGAUCUGUAAGGCUCCAAAUGAGCGCGCCCGUCUGUACUUCCUGCUAGCCUGGUUCCAUGCCAUCAUCCAGGAACGUCUGCGCUACGCUCCCCUGGGUUGGUCUAAGAAAUAUGAAUUUGGUGAAUCUGAUUUGAGGUCUGCCUGUGACACGGUGGACACUUGGCUGGAUGACACUGCUAAAGGCCGCCAGAACAUUUCCCCUGACAAGAUCCCGUGGUCUGCCCUGAAGACCCUGAUGGCGCAGUCCAUUUAUGGAGGCCGAAUCGACAACGAAUUCGAUCAGCGGCUGCUCAACACCUUCUUGGACAGGCUCUUCACCACCUCCAGUUUCGAUGGGGACUUUAAACUCGCUCGUAAAAUCGAUGGACACAAAGACAUCCAGAUGCCGGAUGGUAUCAGACGUGACGAGUUUGUGCAGUGGGUGGAAAUGCUGCCUGACACGCAGACUCCAUCCUGGCUGGGAUUACCGAACAACGCGGAGAGAGUCCUCCUCACCUCUCAGGGCAUUGACAUGAUCAGUAAAAUGCUGAAAAUGCAAAUGCUGGAGGAUGAGGAUGACUUGGCUUACGCGGAGACUGAGAAGAAACAGAGGACGGACUCCACGUCUGACGGGCGCCCGGCCUGGAUGAGAACCCUACACACCACCGCCAGCAACUGGCUCCACGUCAUUCCACAGUCCCUCAACCACCUCAAACGUACUGUGGAUAACAUAAAGGAUCCUCUGUUCAGGUUCUUUGAACGAGAAGUAAAGAUGGGCGCCAAAUUACUGCAGGACGUGCGCCAAGAUCUCACAGACGUCGUCCAGGUCUGUGAAGGAAAGAAGAAGCAGACUAACUACCUGCGCACACUGAUCAAGGGCAUCCUGCCUCGCAGCUGGUCUCGUUUCACCGUCCCGGCCAGCAUGACGGUCAUUCAGUGGGUGGCGGAUUUCAGUGACCGCAUUAAACAGCUUCAGAACAUUUCUCAAGCGGCUGCUGCCAGCGGAGCAAAAGAGUUGAAGAACCUCCACGUGUGGUUGGGUGGCCUGUUUGUCCCUGAAGCCUACAUCACCGCCACCAGGCAAUACGUGGCCCAGGCUAACAGCUGGUCACUGGAAGAGCUGUGUCUAGAAGUCAGUGUGACCACUACCCAGAAUGCAAUGCUGGAUGCUUACAGCUUUGGAAUCACAGGUCUUAAACUUCAAGGAGCAUCCUGUACCAACAACAAGCUGUCCCUUUCCAACGCCAUCUCUACAAUACUGGCUCUUACACGGCUCCGCUGGACCAGGCAGACCAACGACGAGAAGAAGGCCAAUGUGGUCACUUUGCCGGUUUACCUGAACUUCACCCGGGCUGACCUAAUCUUCACUAUUGACUUGGAAAUUGCCACUAAGGAAGACCCACACAACUUCUACGAGCGUGGAGUGGCCAUCCUGAGCACGGAGUAGAUGCGGACCCUCAUUGCUCAUCAUUUCCUCUACCUGUUCAUGUUAGUUUUGUGUCGUGUAUACAGGAAAGACGAGAAGGCUUUAGGUAAAGUGUCAGGAAGGAAACGUGUUGUUGGAAGGUGGAUUGUGAGA